GCACACACACACACACGCACAAGGGGAGAGAAAGCGCGGCUGCAGAUCAGACUCUUUGUUAUUACACACUCUGUCACCGAUCUCCGUAGACCUCAAAUCACACGAGGGCUGAAAUGUCGCCGAUUCCCGCCAUCUGACAGGAGUAUCCCGCGUCUCGCGUCUCGCUGCGUGAUCGUGAAGUGUGUGUUGUAUGUUUAUUUGGAUGCGGUGGGGUGAGAUCGUGCGCGGUGUAUGGUGCGUCUGCCAUCUGGACUCACACCGCUAGCUCGCUAGCAUCAGGCUAGCUGAAAAUUAUCAAAACAGAAGUGACCGAGGAGGAAUAAAAUCCCGUUUCCAUGGACAACACGUCCAUCAUUACCCAGGUAGCAAAUCCAAAGGAGGAAGAGAUCCUUUCUUCUUGUCAAGAAAAAGUCUCCCAGUCCAACAGCAGUUUAAAGAAACACAGGAACAGAAGUAUCUUUAGUCCCUUCUUCUGCUGUUUCCGGGACUACAAUGCGGAGCCACCAGCCACCAACAACAAGACCUGCUCCCUUCCUCCACCUGCCGAGGAGAACAGCAGCCCUCCAAAGUGUGAUCAGGUCCAGGUCAUCCCUAUUCCCAGUCCUCCAGCCAAAUACCUCUUGCCUGAGGUCAGCAUUAAUGAUUACGGCAAGAACUGCGUGGUCAUUGACCUGGACGAGACCCUUGUGCACAGCUCCUUCAAGCCCAUCAGCAACGCAGACUUUAUAGUCCCCGUGGAGAUUGACGGAACCGUUCAUCAGGUCUACGUCCUGAAGAGGCCUCACGUGGAUGAGUUUCUGCAGAAAAUGGGCGAACUGUUUGAAUGUGUUCUUUUUACAGCCAGUCUGGCUAAGUAUGCUGACCCUGUAGCAGACCUGUUGGACCAGUGGGGAGUGUUCAGGGCACGGCUCUUCAGGGAAUCCUGCGUGUUUCACCGGGGGAACUACGUCAAAGACCUCAGCCGACUGGGCAGAGAGCUCAACAAAGUCAUCAUAGUGGACAACUCGCCUGCCUCCUACAUCUUCCAUCCAGAAAAUGCUGUGCCGGUGCAGUCGUGGUUUGAUGACAUGACAGACACCGAGCUGCUGGAUUUACUGCCACUGUUCGAAGGCCUGAGCAAAGAGACAGACGUUUACAGUGUGUUACAGAGCCUGAGGGCCAGGUAGCAUACGGGUCCAGCACUGCCUUGCAAACACAGACACCCCCUCCAGCCAUCUCGGGCCGAGCCACCAUUGGGCCCUGGCCUCUAGAGGACACCACUCACCCAACGAAGCAACGCCACUCCAUCCCUCUCUCAAUGGACCAACGGCCAAUAAUAUUCCUCGGCAAGCAAAUAUAUACACUCAGUUUAUUUCAACUUUUGAUGCAGAAUGAAGAAAAAAAAGCAUUGUUUUUAAGAGAAACACAAGAGUUUACUAUCCUUGAGUAUAUUUACCAGGAGAAACAAUAAGGCUUGCUAUUUUUCUGAACCGGCGUGAAAACACGUAGAACUUUUUUUGUUUGUUUGUUUUCUCUGUUCGGGCUAUGCAGGCAGUCUUUUCCGUGGCGUCAUCGGUAGUUCCAACAACUGUGAUUUACUUUUUUUUUUUUCUCGUUCUCUCGUACCAAGUGCCUUCCGACUUGUUUUUACGGGGACGCAAAUGAGUUUUUGUAUGCUGCAUAUUUACAAUUCGAAACCUUUAAACAAACACUUACUGUAAGAGCGAACGUUUAAGUCUUUUAAAAUUGGUGGAGACUUUUCGGUGACGGUCAGAAGUCUUCAUCGGACUGAACGAUGUUAUCGAGCAAAAGGCGAUGCCGUUAUUUUCUUGGGUUCUUUUAGGCCUUUGGAAACAUGGCAUAUAAGCAUUGUGUUCAGAAGAAACGUUUGCAUCUAUUACCCAACUGUGAUUUAAAAUAAUAAUACAAUAUAUUGUGAAAAGAACCUAAAGUUAAUCAACAAUCCAAUACGUCAGGAUCUGAAAUGAAUUAUCAUCGUUAAUAAAAUAAAAGAUGCAAUCAGUAUGAAGAACGUCUCGCAUGUUUUUGUCCACUUGAUUAAGUUCUAAAGCGAUGCUGGGAAGCCACGAGCGGAUUACACACAAUAAGUCCAUUGUACACCACCUUUACAGUACAGUGAAUUUAAAUAUGCUCGCUUUUCCUCAGCAAGAUUUUGUGUAAAGAAUGGAGUGCUCAGAAAUGUAGUUAAUGAGCAAACUGAGCGCUCCGUUAGUUUGCUGCAUGAUUUGCCACGAACUUUAAGCAGUUCGCUUUCGGAGCAGCAACCAAAAGCCCAUUUUGGUGACAGUGAAUAGUCAUUUCUGCUGGUAGAGCUUUGGAGGAGAGCGGGUAUUUUUUGUCAUGGAAUAAUAUGUGGUGGUGGUCAGCUGUGCAUUUAUACAUUAUUAAAGCAUCUGUUCACCUUGGAGUUUGAGAAAGGGCUGGACAGAUACAAGCCCUUCCCUGAUCGGCACACAUUAACAAUGUACAGAGGGAGAGGAAACCACUCAGAGAGAUUCGUCAGAACUCAUUAAAACAUUACUACGCUGAACAAUACCUCUCUGCAAGGCACACAGAAAACAGCAGAAUGACGGAAGCCCAGGAUGUGUUAAAAAACAUCCAGCGAAAACCUGGCAUGCAGAUCUGGACCAUCAGU